AUGGAUAUUGAAGAUUUAUCUGCCGAACACGAUAGACCGGCGACAGAAUCUUCUGUACUAGUAAAGACAAGAUUUAGAAAUAAGAAGCAAAAUAUUUCUGAGGAUUUGUGUCUUAGUAGUAACUUACCUGAAAAGUUUCAUGUUUUUGUACAAACAUGGGGUUGUGCACAUAAUACUAGUGACAGUGAAUAUAUGACCGGACUGCUAGCCAAAUAUGGAUAUCAAGUUACACUGGAUGGUUCACAGUUUACAAAUGGUUGUGAGUCGGCGGGAGAUAUCACUUCUACAUCAGAUUUAGCUUGUGGAUGCCAAGACAACGGUGAUCAAUGCUGUUCAAAAGAAAAAAACUCGGAUAAAAGCAAAGCUGUUCUUCCAAAUUGCGAUGCGAAAAAGAAUGCAGAUGUUUGGGUUUUGAACAGCUGUACAGUUAAAGGUCCAGCCGAAGAUCACUUUCGAAAUGCUGUUUUAGAGGGAAUAAAACUUGGCAAACGUGUUGUUGCCGCUGGUUGUGUACCACAAAGUCGACCAGGUGCAGAUUACUUAAAGGGUGUUAGUGUUAUUGGUGUGCAUCAAAUUGAUCGUAUUGUUGAAGUUGUUGAAGAAACAUUACAAGGAAAUGUGGUACGAUUUUUGGAUAAAAAGUAUACAUCAUCAGAUACAUCUAAUUCAAUGAUAAAUUCAUCAUCAUCAUCACCAGCUGGUGUAGCAUUAGAUUUACCGAAAAUUCGACGUAAUCCAUUAAUUGAAAUAUUGGCUAUAAGUACAGGUUGUUUAAAUGCAUGUACAUAUUGUAAAACAAAACAAGCUCGUGGUAUAUUAGCUAGUUAUCCUAUUGAACAAUUAUUAGAUCGUGCUAAACAAGCAUUUAAAGAAGGUGUUAAGGAACUAUGGCUUACUUCAGAAGAUCUUGGUGCUUACGGCCGUGAUUUAGACAGGACUACAUCAUCUCUUAUUUGUCCUGGAUUAUCUGAAAAAUGGCCUCAUCACAUUACACUUGCUGAUCUAUUGGCUGGUCUUGUCCCAAUUAUUCCUGCUGGGUGUAUGUUACGUUUGGGUAUGACAAAUCCGCCAUAUAUAUUAGAUCAAUUAGUUGAAAUCGCGGAAGUAUUGUCACAUCCUAGAGUGUAUUCAUUUCUUCAUAUUCCUGUUCAAUCUGGUUCAGAUGCUGUAUUAGACGCAAUGAAAAGGGAGUAUACUAUAGAAGAAUUCUCAAGUGUUGUAGAUUAUCUUAUGCAAAAUGUGAAACCGCCAAAUUUACCUCCUGGUGCAGCACAUGAUACUGUAAAUGGAUCUGGGGCGCUUACAAUUGCCACUGAUGUGAUAUGCGGUUUCCCAACUGAAACGGAUAACGAUUUUAAUGAAACUGUUGAAUUAAUUGAAAAGUAUCAAUUUCCUGUAUUACAUAUAAAUCAGUUCUUUCCACGUCCCGGUACACCUGCUGCUAAUAUGCCAAGAAAAGCUAGUUCUUCCGAAGUAAAAUCUCGUACACGUAGAUUACACGAUCUUUUCAGAAGUUAUCGAACUUAUGAUGGUCGUAUCGGUUGUGAAGUUCGUGUUCUUAUUACUGAACCGAGUUUUGAUGGUAAAUUUUGGGUUGGUCAUACAAAAGCUUAUGAACAAAUUUUAUUACCAAAAGAUCCGGAUGUUUAUGGUCGUAUAGUACUUGUACGUAUUAUAGAAUGUGAUAAAUUUUUUAUGCGUGGUAUCAUUAUUGAUUCUGGACCAUUGGAUUCUAUUGUUUUCCCAGAUAAUAAUUUCAAUUUAUCAUCUUUACCUUUAUUAAUACAAAAUUCAAUUCAAUUAUCUAAAAUAAAUUAUACUACUAUGGUAAAACCAAAUCAAUUUAGUAUAUAUACGUUGAUUAAUUCAUUACGAAGUGAUAAAACAUUGGCAUUUUACAUGGGUUAUAUGAUACUUAUAAUAGCUGGAAUCUGUUCCGCGUGGAAAUUUACAGAUUUGGAUCUAUACAAGAGAUUUGUCAAUAUGAACUAUGGUAAUCCAAAAAACUCUGCUGCAAUUUUAGAAAAAAGUCUGACUAAACUACGUGGUGAUGUUAAUAUAGCAUCUUUUGCUUAUUUAUUUGUGGAGUUAGUCAAAUAUUCAAUGCGUAAUGUAUCCAGUAUGGAUCUUGUUCAGAAAAGAUUAUCAGAUUUUGGUAAAUUCGUUGGUGAACGUAUGAUUGAUGUAGUUUAUCUACGUGAUAAAUCAACUAAACGUGAUAUACGUUUAUAUAAUGCCUUAAUUUUUUUAAAAUCAAAUUUUUGGAAAAAUUUAUUCAAUAAAGAAGCUGAUGAAUUAGAACGUGAUGGAAUGGAUGAGAAUAUUUUUUAUAUGAUUGAACAUGAACCAAUAGUGAAUCGUUUUACUCGAUUUACUUAUGAAGAAAAAGAUGAAAAACGUAAAACAUCUGCUCCAUUGAAUAUUGCAGCGUUUAAUGCUGGAAUUGUUGAAGCAUUCUUAUCAACUAUUGGUUUUCCUUGUACAGUUACGGCAACCUGGUACAAGGGAACUGCUUAUGUGAUUAAAUUUGACGAGUCCGUGAAUAUUCGUGAAAGACAAUUGGAUAAUCGAUGA